AUGCGGGAUGAACCUGGCAACCUUGUCUAUGCGCUGGAUAAAGCAUACAGUAUGGCGGACAACGAAAGUGAUUUGGAAACUGACGGGCUUGAAUUAGCUCUGGAUUCACUGUGUCUUAGACACUGCAGGGACGAAUCGUCUCUAAACAGCAAGGACUACUGCUCUGAGUUUUGUGAGUUGGUGGAGGAGUACACAGCCCAGUGGCAUGUCCCUCUGCCUCAACUCAAGGUGCUGCGGACUGCUCUCUGCAAUUUUACCAAAGCCACAUCUGCCUUUCCUGAUGACUGUCAGCACGUCCAUUAUGUCCUCAGCAGUCUGGCCUUGAGCUUCUUUGAACUGAUGCUGUUCUUUAGCAGGGAGGAAUUUGUGGAGGAGCCUUUGAAAAACAUCCUAGAUUGUUUUCAGGAAUGCCACUUGAAACUUUUGAGGCACAGGAACAUCUAUCUUCAUCAUGUGAAGCAGGUUAUCAAAGGUGGAGGUCCAUGGGAGAAUUCAGUGUUGCAGAGAAUUCUGAAAGAGGAAGAAGUGCCACAGAGUGAAGUUGAUGACUACUUCAGUACAGAAUUGCCUAUCUUUUUGGAGCUGCGCGUUCGAUAUCUGCAGGCCUGUGAACGGAUGCAGGAAGCCAUGGCUCUUUCUAAAAGCUGUCUGGAAAACCAGGAGACUGGAAAGCAUCUUUACUUUCAUCAGGCCUACCUGACAUGCCUCUACAAGGCCUCUCUGUAUGAAAACCUUCAGAAAGAGAUGGCAGAAAUAGACGGCCGUGAUGCAGUCGAGAUAAUCUGCAACACUGAGAGCGUGGAAAAAGACGAGCUUUUGUUGUCGCUGUGUAAAGCUUUCCUCAUUCGGCAGUUGCACAAAGGGGACAUGUAUUACAUCUGGGACCUCGUCUUUAUCUGGAGUAGAUUGCAUCUGAGGGCCCAUCCCUCCCGACAAGGCUUCCUGUCUGAGUGUUCAGAACUUGCUUCAUCUGCGACCAACGUCAGAGCCAUCUUCCCCUUCAUCAAGCUGCUUACUGAGCUCGGCGGUGAGGGAGUUGAGGUUGCUGUUGAGCUCUGUUCAAGGGCUUUGCAGCUCUGUGAUAUGCAGAGUGACACUGUAACCCGCUCACUUGUCUGCAAGACCAUCGCGUUCCUGCUGCCUCAUGACCUGGAGAUCUGUCGCGCGUGUUCCCUGCUGGUCUUUUGCCAGGAGCGAAGCCUGGAGGCGUACCGGACUGUGUGUCUUCUUUACAGGCAUCCAGAUCAGGAGCAACAUCCUCACAACAACCCUCUCCGAACCAAUGUUCGCUUCCAUAUUCUGCAGAUGCUGAAAGAGCGCCUGUGCUUUGACCCUGAGUUUUGGAACCUGCUCACUCUCAGGACUCACUGCUUAGAGUUGAUGAGCGAUACGGUCAUGAAAGACGCUGUUCUGGACGAGAUGAAGGCGGAAGAGGAAAAGGAAUCUAGUGAAUAUCUCUUACCGAAUAACUGUGUGAAUGAGUCGUGCACCCUAUGUCUUGAGUCAUGCCUCAGCACGCCAGGUCCCACUGAGAGCGAAGACCUUCCUGAAAUUCCGGUUGUGGUUAAAUCAGAAACAAAGUGUGUUCCACGAGGUCAUAUUCAUCAAAGGAGGAGGAAAUGGAAGAGACUGAAGCAACCUUUGUCAGACGAUGAGGUUGACUUUGUUGAUGAUCCAGAAUUUAAAUACAAUCUCAAACCCACUUCUUUGAGUAGUAAACCCAUGUACUCUCUGAGAUGCACCCAAAUAAAAGUGGGGAAUUCUGCCCCUGUGAUUCUCCCUUCAAACCACAACAGAGAAUACUUGUCCCGAAGUGUUAAGAACCAGAUUUUUAAAAGAAGGGGUCGGAAGAAGAGAUGGAUGCAGGGUCUUCCAAAGACGGAGCAAGUCCAGACGUUUACAGUCAUCAGAGUUGGUGGCAAAAAGCGAGGAAGAAAGCCUUUACCGAAGCUGGAGUUAUCUUUCCCCGAUAAUGAACUUCACCUCACAGAGGAAUCAUGUGGUAUUGAGGUGGAAACAGAAGACAAACAGGAAGUUAUACCUGAUUUGGAUGAUAUCCCUUCAAGCUUUGCUGAACACACAGAAGAGGUAGUUCAGCAUCUGAAUGAACUUAACAAGGAAAACAACAAAGACUCAAGUGUGGUUAUUGGUUCCAGUCUCAAUGAACAACCUCAGACAUCUUUGGAAUCGAAACUUUGUGAAGAUCUACCGAGUGAGCCCCAAGCUGCUGCUGUUGCUGUCGAAGCUGACCCCGAGCUCGAUGGUCCUGUCUUUGAGUUAUUGGAUAAUCCGGUUGAGUUGCUGCACAAUUACUCCCUUCUUUCUAGAGAUACUGAAAGUGAAGAACCAAAACCUCCAGAAUUGAAGCCAUCUGAUGAGGUUAAUGGCAACACAAAGCAGGAGUCAGAUGUGGAAAUAGAAGAACCAGAAACUGAGAUCAAACCCAUAAAAACAUGGAGGGAGAAAUUGCUGCGGACUCAACAGUAUGGUCACUUAAGUUAUGCCUGCAAGAUCUGCCAUAAAACAUUCAAGGGUUUGAAUGUGAUGAGGCACGCAUUCUCACAUUUAAAGAGUAGGAAACUAAAAUGCAUUCUCUGUGGAAAACGCUUCAAGCUUCUCCCCUUGGCCAGAAAGCAUAUUCUCGAACACAUUCAUGAAAUGUCAAAUCAUAAACCAAAUGUGGAGCAAAUGCAGGAAAAUCCGCCUACUAAUGGAAUCAUGGAAAAAGAGCACCCGCCCGAUAAAGAAAUUGAGAUGCCUGUUGCCGAAAACGAAACUUCUGAACAGAAACCUAAAUCCAAAUCCAAAAAGCAGGUGUUGAUCCUGAACAGGGAAGAACGGAUCAUCAGAAAUGUCCGCGUCCUGCUUAGAAAGACGGCUUUGUUUCAUAAAAGAAACAAAAACCCAAAUGCAGAGAUUAACCCGAUUGAAUUCACAGAUGAGCAAGUUGUCAUUACAGAUGGUCUGGUGAUGAUAAAGAAUGUGGCUUCGAUAAAGGAGGAAGUAGGGGAAGAGGGCAGGGAGGCUCCAGUGGGGAAGAAUGGGUGCAGUGUGGAUUACACAUAUCCCUUGUGCCCGUCAGAUGUCUGCGAUCGAGUUUUCUUGAAACUGAACAAUUCGCUGACGAGGCAUGCCAUCAAAUGUCAUCUUGGUGAAGAGAAGGUUCUGGAGAAGACUUACAUUUGGUCCAAACACAAGUGCUGUUUCUGUCUCAGGCAUAUGCAGUUCCUGGAUCAGUAUAAGCACCACAUGAAGCUCCAUGAUGAUCCUCUGCCGUUCUUCUGCUACCACAUAGAGUGUAAACAGCGCUUUGCAACACAGCCAGAGAUAAAGGACCACAUCAACACCCACCAGCCCUUCAGACCUCAGUGUUCAUACCCAGACUGUGAGAAGCUCUUCUCAUGUUUUCAGGGUCUUUCUGACCACGAAUGGAGACACUACAUCCCAGUGCCACAGAGGAAAGAGCUUGACCUUGGAGCCAACCUGAAAGACAAGGAGAGCAAAGAAGCUCCAUGGAAGCAAAGGGUAAAAAUUGAAGAAAUUUGGCUUCAGAAUAAAAAGUCCCAAAGCCAAAUGAGUCCUUCUGAUAAAAUCAAAGCUGAAGAUUGGGAAACAACUAGUCUAGACAACAGCCAGGAUUUGGCUACAUGGAUUUGUCCAACAACAGCAGCACUUAGCCCUGAAAUCAUGGAAGUUAGACCCACAAUCAAUGGAUUUGAGGAAGUGACAAAACUUAACCCAGAGAAAUCCAAGGCUGCAACGGGUGCCGCGAAAACCCCUAAAAAGAAACCUGAAAAAAAACUGAUCGACUGGGAUGUCAUAAAUAUCAGAGAGUACCAAGAUAUUUCCACUUUGGCUGAGGGAAUCCAGAAGAACAUAGCAGAACCGCACAUCACGGAGCACAAGACCUUUAAACCCGAAGAUCCUGCCUAUGCCCAAUUUGUAAAAACACCCUUUGUCCGUCCGCCACCCUCCACCUACUUGGACGAAUCGGUGCUUUCAAUGCGGAAGAGGAGUUCCGCUGAACAGGAGACCGUAAAAAAAUACGUCAACAAGAAGAAGAUGAGAGAACUGGCUGCAGAAAAGGCAAAGGAGAAUGUGGUCGUCCCAGACCAGAAGGUCCGACAUCGCUGCGGAAAAUGUCUGUCCUCCUUCAGCACUUUGGAGGAAUUACAAACGCAUGAAAGUCGCAACACAUGCUCAUCUCUUUUUGGUUUUGAUUCAGAUGAUGAAAGUUAGCCUCAUUGGUUCACUGAUCAGAACAUUAUGGCACAAAACCUCUUUAACUCCAUUCAUAAACAUAUUGUUUGUGGUUGAUGACGAGCUGUGAAUUAUUGUUUUCAUUUCUCAUUUUGAUAUUUACAGCAGGAAAUCAGCAACAAAAUGUGUAGUUAAUUCUAAAUCGAGCAAUAAUGUAACGGACACAGCUACUGUACUUUUAUUAUGUUUAAUUAAGCAACAAAGUGAUUUAAAUUUUAUUUAAAUUAAUUUAUACCAGUUACAAUUAUUAUGCAAGUUAUAAUUUUGAGUCUUAAUAUGAAUCUUGAGCAAUUAAAAACCUGAGUACUUCAGAGACUAAAAGGGCAAAAGUAAUGGACAAUUGUUAGUCUCUAAAAAUAUCUAAAUUAAAAUAUUUUCUGUUCAUUUUAUUAAAUGAACAGAAAUCUAUUUUUAAUUGUCAAUAAUGAGAUUGUAAGUGUUUAGUUUAGGUGAGGAAGGAAGCCAUAUUAUUAUUUUUGUCUUUAAGAUGUUUGUCGUUUAGCCACUUAGCAGUGGAGCAUCACCCUGGAUAAAAAAAGUUGUUUUCUUAAAAUUUGCUGGCUGCUCUUAUUUGUACCUUUUCUUGAAGAAACUUCUAAUUAUUUUAAGAGUUUAUUUUGAUUAAGUUCUCAAUCUAAAAUGAUGUAACAAGCUCAUCUUUAAUCAUCUCAGCACUCCACCUCCACCAUGCUGCAGUCAGUUGAAGUGGAGCUCCCACUCUUGUCAUUCCAUAAAAAUGAAUAAAUAAACGCUGUCUUCUGACAUUACUUAACGACAUAUUGACGUAGUGUGUUGCCGUCGACUUCUAGACUUUCUUACCUCGGCUAUGUCUCAGCAUUGAACAUUUUUACACCUGAGUAAAAUGCAGACACCCUCCUUAAUUACAGACAUACGAAUCACCUGACAUACUUACAUUCAAUAAGAAUUAAAGUUGAUUCAGUUUGGAGUUGGAAAAAGUAUAUAAAAGUGAAACUGUCAAAAUAAUUACUUGCAUAAUAACUGUAAAGUCUACAUUAAUUUAGAAAAAAAGCAAAUCAUUUCAAGUGUCAUUGGGGAGUUUUUCAAAGGUAAUGUCCACAUCUUUGGAGUUGCUCAAAAUGAUGGGUACAGCUCACUAAUUUCAAAUAUUAUGGAAAUACAAAUUUAAAUAGCUUAAUUUAGGUGCUCAUAUAGAUUCAUUACAGAAAAUGCAAUGAUGUAUUUCAAGCAUUUCUGUUAAUCUUCUCACUUAUGGCUUCCAGCUAAUCAAAACACAAGUGUCUCAGAGAAUUUGAAUAUUACAACUAUGAAAUAAAAAGAUUUCUAAUAUUAUGAUAGCCACCUACUGAGAAUGUAGGUGGAUUUUAAAGUGCUGUACAUGCAGUCAAUAUUUGGUCAGAGAGAGCUCUGUUUGUAUUAAUUUCUCUGUCAGUGUAGCAUAAAUCAGCAAGAAUCAUUUUCAUUAAUAUUCAGAUUUAUUGGAAAGUUGACCUAUGAGUUUGAUAAUCUUUUAACUCAAUGGCACUAUGUAGAUAAGAAAAUGUCUUCCAUAAAUUUGUGCCCCAUUCUUAACAUUACCAUUUUAAACUGGAAACUCAUCGAUGUCUUGAUCUGACAUUUUUAGCUAUUAUAGUUUAAAAUGUAAUAGUUUUGAACUUUUAUAUUUAAUAGGACCCAGGUUUGAAUCCCAGAGAGGGUUUUUUCUGCACACAGCUUGCAUGUUUUCCCUCAGUGUGGGUUUUCUCCAGAACUCCAGCUUCCUCCCUACCAAUCUCAAAAAACAUGUAUGUUUUUUUUUGUCUUGUUUUUUUCUAAAACUGUCCUUAGGUAUGAGUGUGUGCAUGCAUGUUUGUUUGUCUUGUGUGUUACUGUCGCCCUGUGAUGGACUGGUGAACUGUCCCGCCUCUUGCCUGAGUACGACAGGAGAUGGGCACCAACCGCCCCCGCCAUGCUGCAUGGAUAGGCGGGUAGACCAUGGAUAAAUCCUUCAAACUGUUGCCAAAUACAGCAAAUGUUAAAGACCUACAAUGUGUUUCCAUGAUUGUACAUGAAGGUCCUAACUUUUGUUGAGUAGUUUACUGAUAAUAGGAAAAAAUUGAAGUUUUUUUUUUUUUUAUUAAUAAAACCAGUUGUCUUUGUGCCAAGACAGAAUCAGUGUAGAAAUUGAUGUUAUUUCAAAGUCAAGGCUCAGAUUCUAACUUGUGGACUUUGAGCUUAAAUUUCACUUUGAGCUUAAAGACUUUUUAUGGUGUGAUUCAAUAGGACUGCAUUCAAAUCUUAUUUAUAUGUAAAAAUGUUAAUAGCUGUUUUGUAAAUGUAAUAUUGAUCCAUAUAUUUUUCUUAAGACGUGGUUCAAUUUCUUUAAAUAAACAAAUUGUGAAAUAUUCUGAA